CCCUUUUAGAGAGAGAAAGAGAGAGGGAGAGAGAGACUGAGACAACUCAUCAGUUGUUGCGGCAGAAAUAGAGAGAGAGAGAGAGAGAGAGAGAGAGAGAGAGAGAGAGAGAGAGAGAUCGAGAUCCACACGACGGAGAGAAGAGCCGGUGAUGGGAUCUUGGCUUCCCCAGUAUUGCUUCCGCUUCGUCUUCUACUGUCACUCUUACAACAAUAAAAUAGCAAUUACUUCAUCUUCCUGAUAGCUUAGCUGCAUUUUUUCUCCGGAAACUUACAACAAUACUCCUACUACUCAGGAUUUGAAAUUCUUACGUUAGAACAAAGUGUGGUGUUCAGAGUAGUUUGCUCUGGGUUUUCUUUCAAGUAACCAAAAUGGGUUCGAGAUACCCAUCUCAUCAGCUCAGCAAUGGGCUAUUUGUGUCUGGUCGCCCUGAGCAACCCAAAGAACGUCCUCCAACCAUGAGCGCAGUAGCCAUGCCUUACACGGGUGGCGAUAUCAAGAGAUCAGGAGAAUUGGGGAAGAUGUUUGAUAUUCCAACAGAUGGGACUAAGUCAAGGAAGUCUGGCCCCAUAACUGGUGCUCCUUCAAGGUCUGGCUCAUUUGCAGGAACUGCUCAAUCUGGUCCAGGUGCUCCUAUUGCCACUGGCCGUAUGUCUGGCUCUUUAGCUUCUGCUGGUUCUGUUUCUAUGAAGAAAACCAACUCUGGACCUUUAUCUAAGCAUGGAGAGCCUUUGAAGAAAUCAUCUGGACCGCAAUCUGGUGGUGUAACACGGCAAAAUUCCGGACCUAUUCCUAUUCUCCCAGCUACAGGUCUCAUAACCUCUGGGCCUAUUACAUCAGGUCCUCUGAAUUCAUCUGGGGCACCCAGGAAGGUGUCUGGUCCUCUAGACUCUUCUGGUUUGAUGAAGUCACAUAUGCCUUCUGUUGUCCACAACCAGGCGGUAACUACCCUUGGUCCAGAAGAUGACUUUUCCUGCUUGAAGAGCUUCCCAAAGCCUGUGCUGUGGUUGGUUGUUCUUAUAUUCGUAAUGGGGUUCCUUGCCGGAGGCUUCAUUCUUGGAGCAGUUCACAACCCAAUUCUCCUCGUUGUUGUCGCCAUCUUGUUCAUAGUUGUUGCUGCGCUUUUUAUUUGGAAUAUGUGUUGGGGGAGACGUGGUGUCACCGAUUUCAUUGCUCGUUAUCCUGAUGCUGAUCUUAGAACCGCCAAAAAUGGUCAAUACGUGAAGGUCACUGGGGUGGUUACUUGUGGUAAUGUACCGCUUGAGUCAUCCUUCCAAAGAGUUCCCAGAUGUGUGUACACGUCGACAUGUCUUUACGAGUAUCGUGGAUGGGGUUCAAAACCAGCCAAUUCUUCCCAUCGUCACUUCACAUGGGGACUGCGAUCAUCAGAGAGACAUGUGGUGGACUUGUACAUUUCUGAUUUUCAAUCUGGGCUCAGAGCCUUAGUCAAAACCGGAAACGGUGCAAAGGUAACACCUCUUGUAGAUGAUUCUGCUGUCAUCGAUUUUAAGCAAGGAAGCGAGCAAUUGUCUCCCGAAUUUGUUCGAUGGUUAAACAAGAAGAAUCUAACAAGCGAUGAUCGAAUAAUGCGGCUCAAAGAAGGGUAUAUAAAAGAAGGAAGCACAGUGAGUGUGAUUGGAGUGGUGCAGAGAAACGAUAAUGUGUUAAUGAUAGUUCCCUCAUCUGAGCCACUUGCAGCUGGUUGGCAAUGGAGGAGAUGUACAUUCCCUACAAGUCUUGAAGGAAUCGUAUUGAGAUGUGAAGACUCAUCGAACGUCGAUGCCAUACCGGUUUGAGUCAUCAUCAUCAUCAUCACCAUCCGAGUUUGGGUUCAUUAAAUAUUUUUUCAUGAAUCUGGAAAAUGUGAUCUUCCUGGUGGGUUCGUUUGUUGGUGGUUGUAGUGUUAUUUUCUUUCUUUUUAAUUCUCAUUAAUUUUUUUCUGUGUUCUCGGACUUAUUACGGUUAGGAUGGUGAUGGUGAUGGUGAUGGUGAUGGUGAUGGUGAUGGUGAUGUUGAUGGUGGAGGGUGUGGUUUCAUUUUCUCAAGAUGAGCUAAUUGUUUUUUCUUCUUAUUCUUCUUCUUCUUCACCAUUUGGUUUGUAUAGCUCUUCAAGUCAAUUCUUUUUUCAAUAGAACUUGUGUAUUUUUCUCAAGGUGUUAUGUUGUCUAAAUCUUUCCUUUUGUGAAAACAAAACUUUUUGCUGUUCUUUCUAAACCCUAUCUGUCCAUGUCAUGUUAUAUGCUAUUUUUGUAUUCCUAAUCCACAGAAUAAAUAGGCAAACCAAUUUUAUUU